UUCUGAUGAUUACAAACCUGGGGAAUAAUGUUAUUUCUUCUUAACUGGAUUCGUCGGCAUUCUUAGUGGAUUCAUAAUGAAACUAACGAAGGAGGAAUCGAGAAUCGAGUUCUUCUCCGUCACAACGUCAUCAAACUAACUACUUUUUAUUGGUGAAAAUAUCAUAAAUUGAUGUUAAGGAUCUAAAUGUUCCAUUAUUUGCAGGCAAAUAUAUGGAGAAAUCUCUAAAUGUGACUCCAAGUAAUUUGAUUAAUUCAGUCUUUAAAGUCCAGUAUUGUUAAAGGUGCACUGAUUGUCCCAUCACAGAAAUACGAUGUUGAAAAUCCUCUUGCAACCAUUGUACCAAUACUCAUUCCCGCCAUCUACUUACGCACCCAUUUUUCAGUUCUUGAUUGGCAAGAAUUUCAUCAAACUUGGUCAACAAAUUCACGCUCACAUGGCCGUUCGAGGGAUUUCUCCCAAUGGAUUAGUCGCAGCCAAAAUGGUAGCCAUGUAUGCUAGCUCCGGUGAAAUCGACUCUGCCUCACGUAUUUUUGAUAAUGCCACAGAACCCUCUUCGCUUCUGUACAAUGCCAUGAUUCGAGCACUUACCCUUUAUGGGAUUACCAAAAGAACAAUACAGCUUUACUUCCAAAUGCAUUCAUUAGGCUUGCGUGGUGACAAUUUUACCUUUCCCUUUGUUUUCAAGUCAUGUGCUGAUUUGUGUGAUGUUUGGUGUGGGAAGUGUGUUCAUGGCUUGAUUUUGAGGUGUGGGUUGGUGUUUGAUAUGUAUGUAGGCACUUCUUUGAUUGAUAUGUAUGUUAAAUGUGGUGAUUUGAUUGAGGCUCGUAAACUGUUUGAUGAAAUGCCGGUGAGAGAUAUAUCGGCUUGGAAUGUAUUGAUUGCUGGGUAUAUGAAGGAUGGGUUGUUCAAAUAUGCUGAGGAAUUGUUUGAGGAAAUGCCAAUUAGGAAUAUAGUGUCGUGGACAGCUAUGAUUUCUGGGUAUGCUCAGAAUGGUUUAGCUGAUGAGUCGUUACAAUUGUUCGAUAAAAUGUUGGAUCGUGACUCGGAGGUGAGGCCUAAUUGGGUGACGAUUAUGAGUGUCUUACCUGCUUGUGCGCACUCGGCUGCACUAGAUCGUGGGAGGAAGAUACAUAGUUUUGCUAGAGAGACGGGAUUGGAGAAGAAUCCUUCGGUGCAGACAGCUCUUAUAGCUAUGUAUGCUAAAUGUGGAAGCUUGGUUGAUGCUCGUUUGUGUUUCGAUCAGAUAGACCCAAAGGAGAAGAAGUUGGUUGCUUGGAAUACAAUGAUUACUGCUUACGCAUCCCAUGGUUGUGGGCAGGAAGCUGUUUCAACGUUUGAGGAUAUGUUGCGAGCUGGUAUACAACCUGAUGGAAUCACAUUUACAGGUUUGCUAUCAGGUUGUAGCCACUCAGGUCUUGUGGAUGUUGGACUGAGAUAUUUCAAUUGUAUGACUUCAGUUUACUUUGUGGAGAAGGGACAUGACCAUUUUGCUUGUGUGGUGGAUCUUCUUGGUCGUGCUGGACGGUUGGUGGAAGCAUAUAACCUUAUUUCUCAAAUGCCAAUGGCAGCUGGACCAAGCAUUUGGGGUUCCUUAUUAGCUGCUGGUCGAAGCCAUCGCAACUUAGAAAUUGCAGAAUUAGCAGCUAAAAAGUUAUUUAUCUUGGAACCAGAAAACAGUGGGAAUUACGUUGUGCUCUCAAAUAUUUAUGCAGAAGCUGGAAUGUGGGAGGAGGUGAAUCACUUAAGGAUCCAACUGAAAUCACAACGUAUUAUGAAGAGUCCUGGAUGCAGUUGGAUUGAAUUUGAUGGGAAGGCCCAUUUGUUCGUUGGAGGAGAUACAUCUCAUCCACAGGCACAGCAAAUAUACAUGUUUCUGGAGGCACUGCCCGCCAAAAUAAAAGCAGCUGGCUACAUGCCAGAUACUACUUUUUCUUUGCAUGAUGUGAGUGAAGAGGAGAAAGAGCAAAACCUUAGUGGUCAUAGUGAGAGGCUGGCAAUUGCCUUUGGCAUUCUUAAUACAAGCCCAGGUACAGUUCUCCGAGUGACAAAGAAUCUUAGAAUCUGUGGAGACUGUCAUACUGCUAUAAAACUUAUAUCUAAAAUAUAUGAAAGAGAAAUCAUUGUAAGGGAUGUGAAUCGGUUUCAUCAUUUCAAAGAUGGUUCCUGUUCCUGCAGAGACUACUGGUGACUAAAUAUGAAGAUGUUGAUCCCUCUUAUUUAUCUGUUCAUGUUAAGAUCAAUUAAAAAACUCAGAUUGAGAAUUCUUGAAGGCGCUAUGCAUAACCAUCUCGGAGACUACCAACUGUAAUAUCAGCUGUGUUCACUGUCCACACUUGGGAGGAAAUUAUUAAGCUCCAGUGGCAUCGAAUGUUUAUUUGUACACAAGUUGUUUCCUCAUUGAACUAUCAUCCGAUUGAUGAAUGACAAGCCUCAAAAUGAUGGGAAGUUUGUUUUAUGGAGAUUUUUUAUAGGGUGAAGUAUCAUCAGGAAGGAUGUUGUUCCCUUGGUUUCCUCAAUGAAGACUUUGUAAUAAUCAACUUUUAGAGAAGCCAUUGACUGGGAAUAAUCAAGUUUGGAAUCUCCAUUGUUGCUGAGACACCAAUAUUGAGAACUUGUUUUGAGAAUGCCAUUUACAGUUGCAGGGAAGCUCAACACAACAAUAAACCAUUAGACCUGGUAUGGCCUUGGGGUACAGUAAUGCUCUUGGUUACCUCAAAACAUACAGAAGUUGAAUGUCCCCAAGUCAAUUUGUUGACCAAGAUAUCGUAUUUAUAGCAUAUACGUUAAAUUCAACAACUUGUCUAAGUGAAAAAGAUUGACGAAUGGAAUGUCCAUCAAGUUAAGCGAAAUAUGAGAAUUUAGGUCAUUAGAAUUGAAUCAUGACAUAUUCAUCUAUUAUUGUUUUGUACAUGACUCU